AUGGAGGGUCCUAAUAUCCUUACUCUACGUGACUCCACAGUGAUCGCUAUUCUCGAUAUUUUUGGGAUCUCUUAUUUUUCUUUAUUUACACUUCAAUGUCUACUCUUUCAAUUCCCUGUGUCCCAUGCGGAUAUCAGUAACUCGCUCGCGACAGUUCUCUUCGGCGUCGGCGUCGUCUCCUGGUGUUUCCUGAGUCUCGCCUACCGUAUCCUCCUUGUCCUUGGUAGCACCAAUGCAUGCUAUUGGGAGAAACUUGAGUUCGGAGGCAUCUUGCUAUUGAUUUAUGCAACCACCAUCUCCUACGUCGCUCUUCAGUUCUCCACUCACUCCUUGGUGCAACUCGGGUACAUUUGCGCUAUCUCCUUGCUUUUUGUGGGACAUCUGGUCGAAGUGCUGGUACGAACCCCGGGCUCUCAUGUGUCAAGCGUCAAGUUUCAAUAUCACUGCACUUCCUUUGGCUUGCUUGCCCUGGUUCCGGUCAUCCAUGGUCUCGCAGGGCCACUGGGCCAGCCGGUGCCGCUUACCUUGGAAGUUGCUCGGGUUGCCGUUUAUAAUGGUCUCGGGGCUAUGCAGUAUUUUGUCCGGCCGCUUGAAAGAAUGGGCCUAUUCCAGGGAUGGCAACCAAGUUUAUACAUUAUGCAUCUGGUUCUUGUCUACAGUGCUGUAAUGCUGUCACCAAAUAUUGUUCCUGCAGUGCACUAG